CUGAGAAGAACUCGUACAGUGCACAGUCAGGCACUACUCUCCGACUUUAAUCUGCGUUCAAAACCAUCUUCCGCAACCGAUUAUUGGUUUGGAAAUUUCGGUUGUUGCUGCAAAGUGACACCGUGUGCAAUAUGCCUACACGUAGCGGGUAAGGAAGAAGGAGCUCAUGCUAUAAAGAUCAUUGGAUGGGGUGUGGAAAAAGGCACUCCCUACUGGAUCGUCGCAAACUCAUGGAACACCGAUUGGGGAGAAGACGGAUACUUCCGAAUUCUUCGUGGAAGGAACGAAUGCGGUAUCGAGCAGUAUGUAACAGCUGGUCUACUUAAAGUUUAAAA